GGUGGCGCCAUCUUGAGAGCGGGGCGGCUUGGGGCCUCCCCUCCCCGGUGCCGGGAGCGCGCGGGGCCCGGGUGGCGGCGGCGCCGGUGACGGCUGGUGUUUGUGCCCUGAGAUGCUUCAUGCUGAAUGUAAAGUAAGACCCUUGGAGUGUCAGGAUGAAAUGACAAUUGAACCACAUUCUAAAAAAAUGAAAUCAAAGGAAGAGAUUUAUGCUAAGCUUUGUGAUGAUGAUUUCCAAGGAUCUCAUGAGAAAACAGGAACUCGGAGAACAUCCAAUGAUUUGAUACCUUCAUCCGUCUCUGAUAACCAAUACAAACAUGAAGCACAAAAGCAGGAGAAUGAAACUACAGUUGAUUUAGAGCUAUCAAAUGAAGUAACCCUUUAUAAUAAACCUGUGCUUAUAAAAUCUUCUGAUUCAGAGAACAUCCAGAACACAAGUCCUUCAUUUGUAUCAAAAAAUGAUGCUGAGAUAACAAAAAAUAAUUGUACUUCUAAAACUGAUUAUCUUGAUGAAUCUAGUGUGAAGGAAGAAAGCAAUAAAUCAUUUGAAGUAAGUGAUGGUGAGGUGGCAGUUGAGGAAUUUAGUACAAGCAAAGCAUUUAUUGGACCCGUUUACAAAACUGAGAACAAGCAGGAUAAAACCAAGGAUUGUGCUGAACUUAGCACAGGUGGAGGGGAGCAAAACGCAUUACUUGGCAGAAGAACUGAGGAAGAAAGGGUAAAGAAAACAAAGGCCAUCUCCUGUGAUAAACAAGAAAUAGAUGAUGAAUUAUACCGAUUUUAUGAAGAAAUUCAGCAGAUUGAAACUGAUAAAGAUAAUUUAGAAGAUAACUUAGAAGAAAAAGAAAGCCAGCCUUCUCAGGAGCACUAUACAGAAGAACAUAAUUACAAGCAGGCAUCUUGUGGUCAAGGUAUCUGGUACACUAGCACACAAUCACAUUAUGGUAACGAGCAGUGUUUCAGUAAUGAACAAAGUAGCCAGAGAACAGGCAAUGAACAGUGUCUUGAAAAUGAAACAAGUAGCCGGAGAAUAGACAAUGAGCAACAUUUUGGCAAUCAAACAAGUGGCUGGAGAGCUGAGAAUCCUUCUAAUGGACAAAAGGAUUACCCUGAACCAGAAAAGGUUUCUAACUUCUGGAACUUUUCAGUGCCUCAGUUCAGGCCUGCAUGGCAGUCAACACAAUCUUUCAUAGUACCUCAGGGUCCUCUUCCUCCUAGAUUCAGCCAUCAUUUACAUUUUCAAACAAUUAGGCAGUCACCACAUCAACCAAAUACUUUUCAUCCUCAUGAUGUUCAACCUUCUCAUAAGAAGUUUCCUGAUUACCAUGGAAAUAAUAGUCAUGCUAACUGGAACCGUCCUUUGUCUGAUCAGAAUUGCAGCUAUGUUGGUAAUAUUGAUAUCCAUAAUAUUCAGGUCUCCAGGAAUGGAUAUAGUGACAAGGAUAUACCUGUGAAUGAUUGUUUGAGUGAAACUAGAGAAGAUUGUUGGAAGGAUACUACAAUUUACCAAACCAAAGGAGAACACAGUUUUUCUUUCCAGCAGUUUCCAGAGGAAAAAUUAUGUGGGUCUCAAAAAUUACUCCUAAUUUUAAGAGGCCUUCCUGGUUCAGGGAAAACUACAGUAUCUCGUGUUCUACUUGGUCAAAGUCGUGAUGGCAUUGUAUUCAGCACUGACGACUAUUUUAAUCAGCAAGAUGGAUAUACCUAUAACGCUGGUCAGCUUGGUGAUGCUCAUGACUGGAACCAAAAGAGAGCAAGACAAGCAAUGGAACAGGGAAGAUCUCCAAUUAUAAUAGACAAUACUAAUACUCAAGCCUGGGAAAUGAAGCCGUAUGUAGAAAUGGCUCUAGAAAAAGGCUACAUAGUAGAAUUCCGUGAGCCAGAUACAUGGUGGAAGUUUGACCCUGAGGAAUUAGAAAAGAAGAAUAAACAUGGGGUCACACGUGAGAAGAUUGCUCAGAUGUUGGAUCGUUAUGAAUAUCAAAUAUCCAUACCUAUUGUAAUGAAUUCAGUGACACCACCUCACAAAAGUACACAAAGGCCACCUCCACAGCGAAGACAGAGGGAAACAGAUUUAAAGAAGAAACUUGGACACCGAUUGAACAAAACAAAACAGAGAAAAAAGCGAAAAAGAGGCAAAAAAUCAAAAAAUAGCCUUAUUAACAUCAGGGAGAAAAAGUCAGAUGGAGCCCCUCAUCGUCUAAUUCCUGGUGAUCAGGAAACCUCAGAGAGUGAAGAGGAAGAUUCAGAAGAAGAGAACAGAAAAUCAGCUUGUACGUUCAGUGGAGAUGCAGGAGAUCCAGUCGGUGGUUGUGAAGAUGGUUCUACUGGUGAUGAUGUUGAAAGUGUAGAAUCUACAAAUCGUAAGAAAGAAGGUUUUCCUGUUGCUGUGUCUGAGAUUUCAGCCACAUUUGAUAAUCCAUCGAAAAACAACUUGCUUGCAGAAGAUAAAAAUCCACUUCUAAUAAAUUCAACAUCCAUUUCUAAUGAUAACAUAACUGAACACACAGCUGAUGAACAGCUGACAGAUGAAAAUCAAAAUAAAACCCUUUUGGAGAAAGAAAGCAAUUCAUUAAAAAUAAAUUAUCAAAAUUCUAUCAUAAUAGCAGAACAUAGUAGUGAUGAUUAUAAUACUGUGAUGUUAAACACUGAAGACAAAUGUAAAUCAGGUCAAAUGACAUGUGAACCAAAAGAAAAUCUUUCUCACCUUUAUGAUUUAAAAGAAUCUGAAACAUCCAUCAUCUUGUCCGAUAAAAACAUAAGUGAUAAACAUAUAUCAAAAAGAAAUGGGAAUUACUCAAAUGCAUGGGCUUUUUUUUCAAUUAAUUUAGGUGAUGAACAAUUACAGCUGGACUCUGAUAGGCAGACUUCUCUCUCUGCAUGGCCUGAGAGCACCCAUAAAUUUAUAUGUGAGCAAAGACCAAAAAAAGCGAGGACACCCAAACAGACAUAUUCUGACAACACCGUAGAACUACCUCAUCAUCAUUCUAAUGAAGAAAUGGAAAAACAAUCCAGUCAGCAAACGUUCAAUGAAGAGAUUGUUAGUGUACCACAUGAUAGCCUAUUAUCUUUGAUUGACAGAAGAGAUGGUAUUUCAUUCGAAGAAUCACAAGACACCUCCACAAGCAUCUUUCAUGAAGUAAAUUCAAAAUAUGCACCAGUUGUGCCAAAGAAAAAAACACACAAAAAGAUACUGAAAUUGGCACCAAACUUUAAUAUACCAAGACAAAUUGCUGUUAGUACAGAGGAAGGACAGAAGGAUGUUCCUUUACAACAUGAUUGCUUAUCAGAAAGCAUUUUGGAAAUUAAACAAAAGAAAGUUUUCAGUAAGAAAAAUGGAGAAAGGGAUGACCAAAUCUUUAAAAUUCAUGAAUGCCAACCAUCUUCUAAUAAUGAUGAGCUGAUAGAGUCUUCGCCUAACUAUGUGAAAUCUCUUUUGCCUAAUACUUUGUAUAAUCACAUGGGACAAUCUGGUGCUUCUUCGGUUCAGAAAUUUCCCAAUAGCUUGUGUAUAGUUUCUUCAACAACUGAGGAAGAAAUCCCACCUGUUAAACAACAAAAGAUAUGUGAUAAAAAAGAGGGUGAACAAGAACAAGUCUCUUCUGAGGUCACAACUAGUCACCCAGAUAUCUUGUCUUCUGUUAAAGUCAUUUCUGACUGUUCUGCAGACUGUAUUAAGUUUGAAAGCUGUGGGGAUGGUAUGCACAAAAUAGAGAAAACUGAACCACCAGAAGCCUCACAAAUUGAAGAUAAACAAGAUUCUAUAGAUGCUAAAUCUAAUGUUCUGGAUCUUCCUUUAUCAUUAGGAUUUGCUUUUCAGCUUGUGCAGCUUUUUGGUUCUCCUGGAGUUCCACUGGAAUCUUUGUUGCCAGAUGAUUAUAUAGUUCCUCUUGAUUGGAAAGUAUCAAAGAUGAUCUAUUUCCUGUGGAAGACAUCUGUGGAGGAAAAACAGAAGAAGAAUGGCUUUCAAAACAGGAAUUCCUUGGUUGGGUGCUGUUGUUUGCACAUUUACCUCCAUUCUUAUUUUGCGAGAACCUUCCUGAACCAUCUCCUUUCACUUGCUGAAGAGCUCCUCCCAAACUCUGUGUGGGCUUGGGCAUCAAGAGGCACAACCAAUAUGAUCUUCGCUGCUCGACAGCUGUAGGAAAAAUGCAGGGAACAACGUAAACCUCUCUAUUAACCCCAUGAAAGCCUUCCAUUCUGUCAACUGAGAAGCACUGUGGAGGAUCAUUUUGAGAUAUGGAUGCCUGCCGAAAUUUAUCAUCAUUUAUCACCUGCUCCAUGAUGGUAUGUGAGUGGUAGUUCUUAGUAACAGAUCUAUUACAGAUCCCUUUGAGGUGAAGACAAGAGUUAAGCAAGACUGUAUCGUUGCUCCAACACUCUUCUCAGUAUUCCUUACUGUGAUGCUACAUCUGACUACCGACAAGUUUCCGGUUGGAGCGGAGCUAAACUACUGAAUGGAUAGCAAGCUAUUUAAUCUCGGCUGACUUUGAGUCAAAAUCAAGAAUACCCCGACAUCAGUCAUCGAGCUCCAAUACACUGUGAUGGGGCUGUAGUGUGCUCACUCAGAUGGUGCUCAC